AUGGACCCAGAGGUGCUGGAGGAGGAGGUUCCCACAGAGGAGGAGGAGGAAGCUGCUGCCAUUGAGGAGGAGGUCCAAGAGGAGGAGGAAGCUGCUGCCAUAGAUGAGGCCCAUGAAGAGGCUGCUCCCAUAGAGGAGGCCCCUGAGGAGGAAGCUGCUCCCAUAGAGGAGGCCCCUGAGGAGGAAGCUGCUCCCAUAGAGGAGGCCCCUGAGGAGGAAGCUGCUCCCAUAGAGGAGGCCCCUGAGGAGGAAGCUGCUGCCAUAGAGGAGUAUGAGGAGGAAGCUGCUCCAGUAGAGGAGGAGUAUGAGGAGGAGGCCCCAGCAGAAGAGGAGGUGGCCCCUGAGGUUGAGGAGGAGGUGGAGGAGCCUGCUGCUGAAGACAUCAUGGAACAGACCCUGCCAGUUGUAGAGGAGGAGGUGCUGGCUUCACACGUAGAGGAGGUGGUGCUGGCUUCACACGUAGAGGAGGUGGUGCUGGCUUCACACGUAGAGGAGGUGCUGGCAGCUGAAGUGGAAGAGGUGCAGGCAGCUGAAGUUGAGGAGGUGCAGGUAGCUGAAGUGGAGGAGGAGGAGGUGGCUCCUUCUGACGAUGCUGUCGAGGAAGAGGAAGCCGUAGCCGACCAGCCCGAGGAGGAGGAGGAGGAGGAGGCGGAGGAAGAAGUAGCAGCUGCAGAAGAGGUGAUGCCAGAAGAGGAGGAGCAGGAGCCAGCAGCUGAGGAGCAACUGGAGACCACUGAAGAAGAAGAAACGCCAGAAGAAGCUGAGGAGGCGGUUGAGGAGGUGGCUGCUACGGAAGAACAGAUUGAGGAGGAGGUGGCAGAAGAACAGAUUGAGGAGGAGGUGACAGAAGAACAGAUUGAGGAGGAGGUGGCAGAAGAACAGAUUGAGGAGGAGGUGGCAGAAGAACAGAUUGAGGAGGAGGUGGCAGAAGAACAGAUUGAGGAGGAGGUGGCAGAAGAUCAGAUUGAGGAGGAGCUGGAAGGAGAAGAUCAGAUGGCGGAGGAAACGGUAGAAGACUAGAGGAGGAGGAGGUGGCAGGGGAUGAGCCCAGAGAGUUUACAACGGAACAGAGCGAGGCAACGCCCACAGAAACGUAAGAGUCGGCUGUCGGCACGGCAACGGAGCAAGGGACCCACUGAAGUUGCGUCGUCAUUCUGUCUGAGCGUGCUCAAAACGACGCUGCUCUCUCCACCUCUGGAAGACGAGAAGCGUGGCCGCGGCAACGUUCGUCACUAACCUCUCUCUUGCUCUCGUUCUCUCUUUCUCUCUUUCUCUCUCUCUCUCUGUCUCUCUGGCUCUCUUGCUCUCUCUCAUGUCUGUCCUUUGUCAGUUACUUUGACACCUUUGUUUGAUCCCUCUUUAUCUUUUAAUUCCCACAGUCAGAUCUGGAAAACGGGACAUGUUCUGUUUCCUGUCAACUGGUCGGUCUAUUCUAGACCAGUUCAUUCCCGAUCGAUCUUUUCCAGAUCAGAUCAUUCCAGUUCUUUCUAUUCUAGGUCCACCACACUUUCUGUUCUGGAAAUUGAAAGCGGAGUUAGGAGUGUCUCCAGAACUGUUUGAGCCAGAACUAGAGACUGCUCUGGAACUCCAGCUCUAUAGAUCCAGACAUCUUAGCUCCUCCCCACAGAGGGCGCUAGAGACUUCCAGAAGUUUCCCAGCCCAGCCUACGUAGCUCUGCUCCUAGCCUAGCACCUCUCUACAGAACUUGCUAGGCCACACCCGGAGGAGCUGGCUCUGUGGGGGGCAGGAGGAGGGCUCUAUGCAACGCUACGGUGCUCUUUACCUCUCUCUCUCUGUCCCUCCUAGCUCGCCCAGUCUCAUAUACCACUCAGUAUCUGUUGAGCCAUACAUGCAUGGGGUUACAGGGAGGUGUGUGUGUGUGUGUGUGUGUGUGUGUGUGUGUGUGUGUGUGUGUGUGUGUGUGUGUGUGUGUGUGUGUGUGUGUGUGUGUGUGUGUGUGUGUGUGUGUGUGUGUGUGUGUGUGUGUGUGUGUGUCUCUAGAUGCUGUUUUCUAUUUUGACAACAUAACUAACACUCUGGAUAAAAUUUAAUGUAGAACGUGUUUUUUUAUUAUACGAUUCAGAUGUAAAUGUCACGUUUUUAGUUUACCUUGUGCUGUGAUUUGAACCACAAUAUACUAAUCAUGCAGCGAAACUCUCCUGCGUGUUAGCUAGCCUAGCUCACCUCACCUAGCCCUUCUUACUUAGCCUAGCUAGCUCUCAGCCUAGCAAAGCCAACGUGUGUUAAACUCUUCUUGGGUGUGAUUAUGUUCUGUCUUAGUUCGGGUCUCCGCCACAUUCUGCUCAUAAGACAAAACGGUGGAUGUUGUUUUGUUUUUUUUGUCAUUUGUUUGAAGCGUGUAUUUCAUGACGUCAGCCCUCUACUUGGUUUUCAGUUUUUUGUUUUCUUAAUUUUUUCAUAAUGUUUGUUAGUUUAAUAAGUUGUAGGAUAUGGGCUCACUUCCUGGAACCAUCCUGGGGUCACAUGUCUACGCUCUGUCCAAACUGGACUGUGAUUGGCCCUUUUUCGAGUCCCAGGUGGCUCCGCCUGCGAUGAUGAUGAAGAUUCCAGUAUGGUUUCCGGGGAAGUGAGCUUUGUGUUUUUAGAUUGAUUUUUUGUAAUUUUGUUUGUAACUGUACAGAUGUGCUACUCGUGACAUCACUGUGACAUCAAGCAGAGGUCACCUGACCGCCACAGGUUAGACGGAGUGGAUUCAACCGAGUGUCGACUUCUGGCAUGUUCUGAGCAGGGAGGCAGGGCUUAACACCCAUCAGUUGGUAAUCGCGUGUUGAGUGACCCUCAGCUGUGGACAACUCCAGACCUUCAUAGUAAAAGUCCUGCUGGGUUUUUCUUCACUAGACCUAUGCUUGUUGGACUCCAAAUACCAGAGAACUUUUAUUUUGACAGCCUGCAGCUUUUCACCUGUUGGUUGUUGGUUGUUUCAGGGUGUUUCCACUUAGGUCCUCAUUUCUACUUCCUGUUUGUGAGUCAAUGUGAAGUUUUCUGGUUGUUUUUUAAUAAUGAAAUAGAAUUUUUUUUCAAAGUAUGAAUAUUCUAGGUUUUCAAAGUGAACAGAACGGUAAAUACAGAUAUACGGAUACAAUUUCUUUGAAUUUCUGGCAGUACAUACUUUUCAAAUCAGAUAUUAUGGAAUGAAACUAUUUUCGGGGUUGGGAGGGUUACAUUUGAUACAAGCAAUACAAAAGAGACCGAGCUAGUUGAGCCCGGCCUAGUUGAGACCAAAUGUCGCUGGUUCACCUGGUUGAAAUGCGUUAAGGAUACCCAACGAUGAAGAAAGUUCCAAUUGCAACUGAAGACAUGUGAUUAUGCUGACCAAUAGGAACCGAGGAUGUGUCCUUUAAUUAUACUGACCAAUAGGAUCUGAGGAGUUAUGGUCUACAAACAGAACACUACGAAUGCUAGGAUGGGGAUUAAAUUAUUAAUAAUUGAUGAUACAAUCGAAGGUUGUAAAGAAGGACUUGUGUCAAAAUUCUGUUCUGGGAGUACAAAAUAAACGG